AUCCGUACCGUUAGGGUUAGACCAGGCUUAGUACCCAUUGCCAUCCCUACAGUAGUGUACUCUAUAUAUUCCCUGAAUGUGGAGCACCAUCGGAAGUGGCAAAACAGCAGUCCAGCAGAUUAGACGAGAUGAGCACCGGACACUCAAAACUACACGUCCUCCUGCUCCUCGUGUUACUGAUCUGCUCCGUCCACACUUCAGCCAGCAGCCACACCACAGCGCCAUGCUUCCCUGCCGACGCCACCGCGCUGCUCCAGCUAAAGCGCUCCUUCCUCGACACCAACCUCACGUCAUGGCGAGCCGGGACCGACUGCUGCCGCUGGGACGCCGUCUCCUGCGACGCGGUUUCUGGGCGGGUGAUCUCGUUGGAUCUCGGAGGCCGUGACCUGCGGAGCCGGGGCCUUGACCCUGCACUCUUCAACCUCACCUCUCUGAGAAACCUCAGCCUUGCGGGCAACGACUUCAUGAGGGCAAGCCUGCCGUCCUUUGGGUUUGAGCUUCUCACAGAGAUGGUCCACCUCAAUUUCAGCGAUACAUGUUUCUGUGGUCCGAUCCCCAUUGGCAUAGCGCGGCUCAGGAAGCUGGUCACGCUUGAUUUUUCCUCCUACGAAUAUACCACGGAACUACUCUUUCUUGAGGUGCCAAGCUUUCAAACAAUCAUUGCAAAUCUGAGCAGUUUAAGAGAGCUCCAUCUUAACGGAGUGGAUAUCUCCAGCAGCGGAGAAACAUGGUCCAUUGCUUUAGCAAACUCCACUCCUGAAUUACAGAUUCUAACUUUGCUUGACUGUGGUCUAUCCGGAUCCAUUCAUCACUCCUUCUCACGACUCCGUUCGCUGGUCGAGAUCGAUCUCAGGGGCAACGCGGUUGCUGGAAAGGUUCCUGACUUCUUUGCUGACUUCCCUCUCCUGAGUUCUCUUCGCCUCUCACACAACGAUUUUGAAGGGCAGUUUCCCACCAAGAUAUUCCAUCUAAAAUGUUUGAGGAUCCUUACAGUGUCUUGGAACCCUAAGCUUUCUGGGCACUUACCUAGUUUCCCAGUCGAAAAUAAAUUGGAAGUGCUAGUUCUACAUGGGACAAACUUUUCUGAUGCUCUACCAGUGUCUAUUGUCAAUCUCAAGUCUUUGAGCAAUCUGGCACUUACGACGGAGGGAAUUUCCAAGCAACUUACCUUGAUAGGUAAGCUUCAGUCUUUGCGUGAGUUGUCGCUCCUAGCAACUUCCCUUGGUGUAGAGAAGCCUCAUUUUUCUUGGAUUGGGGAUCUUAAACAUUUGACACGUUUGGGGAUUGUUGGCUACAAUUUCUCUGAGCCAAUACCCUCCUGGAUCGGCAAUCUUACGAAUUUGAUGUUCUUGGAGCUCAUCAGUUGCAACUUCUAUGGAACGAUCCCCCCUUGGAUUGGUAAUUUGACCCAACUGUCAUUCAUAGACUUCGGCGGAAAUUACCUCACUGGAAAAAUUCCGAGAUACUUGUUCACUCUUCCAGAAGUUCAGUCAUUAUUUCUCACAUCAAAUCAACUUUCUGGCCAUCUGGAGGACAUUGAAAACCCUUUGUCUUCAUCCUUGUCCGAUAUUUGUUUGAGCGAUAACCAAAUUGGUGGUUCAAUACCUCAAUCGUACUUUCAGCUUCCGAGUCUUGAAGUUCUUGACCUUAGCUCAAAUAAAUUGACAGGCACGGUCAAGCUUAGCUCUUUCUGGAGGCUAAGUAAACUUUUUGACCUGAGACUCUCUAACAACAUGCUAUCGCUGAUAGAUGAAGGAGGUGAUUCUCUGCUUUCUUUGCCGCCUAACAUCAAUGUUUUGGAGCUAGCAUCCUGUAACCUUACAGAAUUUCCCGGUACGUUGAGAUUUAUGGAUGAGAUUGUGAUGCUAGAUCUCUCAAUGAAUCAUAUUACUGGGGCCAUACCAAGUUGGGUUUGGGAGCGACUUAGCUAUUUGAAUCUCUCGCACAACAUGUUUACUAGCCUGGAGAAGUUUACCACUCUGGUUCCUAUGACAUCUUUAGAUGUUCUUGAUCUUAGUUUCAAUAGACUUGAAGGGAACAUACCAAUCCCACAAGUAAAAAUAAGAAGCCAAAACGGAAUGGUCUUGGAUUACUCAAAUAAUAACUUUAAUUCCAUUCUACCUAACUUUGGUAAAUAUCUUAGAGAAACAACACAUCUCGAUUUGUCCAAGAACAAACUAACUGGUCAAAUACCAACUUCAAUUUGUAGUGCAAGUAAACUCCAAACCCUCGACUUAUCUUACAACUACUUUAGUGGGUCCAUCCCAUCAUGCUUAAUAACACAAACAAACCUGAUAGUACUGAAGUUAAGAGGGAAUCAAGUCAAAGGAGUAUUGCCUAACAAUAUCAGAGAAGGAUGUAUGCUUGAGACAAUUGAUUUGAGCAGCAACUGCAUCACAGGGAAAUUACCUAGAUCACUAUCCAACUGCCGAGGGUUAGGGCUUCUUGAUGUCAGUAACAAUCAGAUUGCUGAUUCAUUUCCAUCAUGGUUGGGGAUUCUUCCUAAACUUCGAGUUCUUGUUUUAAGAUCCAACCGAUUCGUUGGCGUGAUUAUGGAUCUUCAAGAGAAUGAUCGAAUUAUGAAACACUUCUCCAGUUUGCAAAUACUAGAUUUGGCCUCCAACAACUUCUCUGGAAACCUGCCCCAAGGAUGGUUCAAUGAACUGGAAUCAAUGAUUGAAAAUGACAAUAAUGAGGGACAAGUUAUAGGGCAUCAAAUAAACCCGUCUGAAGAAUUCUAUCAAGAUACUGUCACUAUCACAUUCAAAGGGUUUGAUCUUAUUUUCACCAAAAUCCUAACCACUUUCAAAGUGAUCGAUUUCUCGAAGAACUCAUUUGAUGGUCCCAUCCCCGAGUCAAUUGGGAGGCUUGUUUCACUACACGGACUUAACAUGUCGUACAACAACUUCACGGGACAAAUUCCAUCACAGCUAGGUAACCUGACUCGGCUGGAAUCAAUGGAUCUCUCAUGGAACCAUCUCUCAGGGGAAAUCCCACAGGAGUUGACCUCUCUAACUUCUCUUGCUUGGUUGAAUCUUUCAUACAACAACUUUACUGGGAGAAUACCACAAGGAAACCAGUUUUUGACAUUUCCCAACAGUUCGUUUGAAGGCAAUGCAGGCCUAUGUGGAAGUCAAAUCUCUAAACAAUGUGACAAUCCAGGUUCAACCACUCCAAGAGCAUCAGAUCAUCCAGAAUCCAACAGUUUGUGGCAGGACAAACUUGACGCCAUCCUUUUGUUCACCUUUGUUGGCUUGGGAUUUGGAGUUGGCUUCGCAUUGGCAAUCAUGUUCCAACACUUAUGCCGCAUAGAUGGAUGGACUUGCAAGCGUUGUUGAAUCCAUAUUGGAUACAAGUAUGCAACAUAUUUCUGGUUUUUUUUUUUUUGAAACGCAUAUUUCUGGAUUGCUUUUCAUAAAAAUGAUAGUCAUGUAUGUUUGUGUUGUACUUGUAUGAGACUCUUAAAUCCACUUUGUUGUGACAAGGUUGCAGUUUUCAAGUUCA